CUUAAUUCACUUCUUCAUAUCCACAAUCAACUCAUUCUCAUUUCAUACACCUCUCUAUUCCUUCUUUCCUUUCUUCCAAUAGCCAAAAAAGAAAAAUGGGUGUCACCACUUAUACCCAAGAGUUCACUACCUCAGUAGCACCCAAUAGGAUGUUCAAGGCUUUGAUCCUCGACUCCCACAAUCUCAUCCCCAAGCUUCUCCCCCAAUCCAUCAAGAGCAUUGAGUACGUUGAAGGCGAUGGCAGUGCUGGAAGCAUUAAGCAAACCAACUUCCAUGAAGGGAGUCACAUGAAGUGCUUGAAGCACAAGAUCGAUUUACUUGAUGUGGAGAACUAUGAGUGCAAGUACACUUUGAUUGAAGGUGAUGCAUUGAGCGGCAAGCUUGAAUCUCUCUCUUAUGAGGUCAAGUUUGAGACUAUUGAUGGCGGGAGUAAGGUGACAAGCACAAGCUACUAUCACGCCAAAGGCGACAUUGAACUCACCGAAGAGGAAAUGGCAGGUGGAAAAGACAAGGCCAUGGGGAUGUUCAAGGUUGUUGAAGAAUACCUGAUCGCAAACCCAAAUAUCUAUGCUUAAACCAAAAUUUGUUAUUGUCGUUGAGUCACUUUUUUUAUUAUCUGUUCCUCUGUUAUGUAUUUGAAGGUGUGUGAAUUUUUGUUUUGUUUUGUUUUAUUUUGUUUUUUCUUUUUAAGUUGUUUGAAAAGCUACCUAUAGCUUGAGAAUAAUGUUGCAAGACUGUUGCUUCAAUGUUGGAUGUGGAUUAUAGAAUUGAUUUUUUUUUUUUUUCUUCCUA